UGAGGGCUGAGAGAGGAGCGCUCAGGAGGAGAGUGUUAGGGAAACCAGCGAUACACUGCUGCUGUUUUCUCCAAAAGACAAAAAAAGAAAAAGAAAAGGUGGACCAAAGUGACAGGAGCUGCUUUUUCUCCUCACCCGUUUACCUCCCCUCUCUCUCUCUCGCUCUCUCUCUCUCUCUCUCUCUCUCUCUCUCUCUCUCUCUCUCUCUCUCUCUCUCUCUCUCUCCCUCUCUCUGUAUUGCUGCGUCUGUUUGCUCACUUCUCUCAUUGACUCACUCCGCUCUGCUUCAGCUGGCUGACUGAGUGCGCUGACACUGGGACCACUACCUGCUGCCUGGGGAUUAAGCUCGCUAUGAAUACCCGGAGACUAAUUUGUUGUUUUGGCUGCCAGUGAACGUUGGAUCCCCACAGAGGAGAAGCGGCUGCAUAAAUCCUUGCUGCCAGAACACUGGGAGCACCUCUGGACUAAGACAACCCAGGGAAAAGGGGACUGGAUGCUUGAGGAAGUGUAUAAAAGACAGGCGACGAACCGGAGAAAGAAAGAAAAGACUGGACAAGUUCUUCCCUGAAAGGCAGAAACAGAAGAAGCUCAGUCAACCUCAGUGUUACAAGGAUCAGGGUGCAAUGAGAACCUUUUCCUCUCCUUAUCUGGUUGGGAUUCUCUGUCAGGGUGCUGACACGAGGGAAGAAAGCCCAACAAAUCUCCGCCUCAAGCUCCUCGUUGAUUUCUGAUCACACACAGAGUUUUCUCCUUUUCUUUCCAUGAGUUCAUUCAUUUAGAGCGUCUCUGUGUUUUGCUGCUCAUCCGUAGCUGCUUGGGAGAGAAGACGGCUCUACACUGACAGCUCGAGAGGGAAUUUUCAUCGUUCUCCUCUCCAACUUUUAUCCCCCUCUCUACCACUUCUUCUGACCAGCUUUCGGCCCCAGCGCACCAGCAGGGUGGGGGGCAGCUGCUUACCCGCUCCAUGAGGCUCGCCGGGAAUAAAGGUUAUUGAACCGAGGAGUGGCAGGCUAACAGGAGCGAAGGGGAGGAAAAACAAACCAUAUCCAUGAACCCUGGGAGCAUAUGGUUUAGCGAGCGGCAGCCAGCUGCUUUCCAGCCAUCCUGCUAAUCACGGCGCAGCAGAUACAAGUUGCUCCGGUGACGGUGUCAGGUUCGGACGGAUCUUACGUGCAGUGGUCGCAUAUCUCUUCUCCGUGACAGACGCUCCAAGACCAUAAGCCAAAGGAGUCAGUCCAGUGGAUAUAAAGAAGCAGUUGUGCUGCGUUGAAAGGCGCGCUGGGCAAAUCAUUGCUCAGGAGAGCAGCUAACCUUUGUUGCCCCAACAGGCAACAGCCACAGGGAGGCUUGAAAAGAUGCUCGGCUGUCACCUUUUAGGGAAAUACUUGUGACACAUGUUGUUGGUGAGCACCAGACCUUGGCUUGGUGUGUAAAGGCUUUUGACAAGGAAAGGAGGGGGAGUGCUCUCGGAGCCUGCAUCCCCAGAGCCCUUUCACGUCCAUCUAAUUACCAGUCAGGGUCACUCGGAGGAUAGGAGAGGAUUCCAUUUGUGGAUUUACUGUCGGCCUGAUUGGAAGUUUUCUGUGUGGAUAUUUGACUAUUCAUAAACACCCACAUCCUAACGCACAAAUUCUGGCUUAGGUGUAUCUCACAAACACAUGCCAAAAGCCCACUGACGCACAUUUACAAGCACAUUAUCACCACCCACUUAAAUCCACACACAUGUUUGCAUUGUAAGUAUAAACCACUUCACGGCACUCACACAUAGUCGCACAUUUAAAGCCCAUUAGUUGGUCUUUUUCCCAUCGGGCACCGCAGAAUGGAGGUCGGGUGGACAGGUGGGGGGCUGUAGGAGUCCAACAUCCCUGUCCCCCUGUCUGUCCUCUUUCGCCAAAUGGAUGUUAUUAUCUCUAAAAAUGUGUUGCUUGGAAACCGCUGAAAGCUUGCUGCUGCGAUUCUCUGACAGAAACGGUCACCGGGUCCUCUCCACGGUGCACAGCUGGAACCGCAGCUGAAACACCGACCAUUACGUGUAUUCUUUGCUUUUUAUUUUAUCUUCAUCUUCAUCGGCCCUUACCCCACCGCCAUCAUUUUUUCCAACGGGUCUUUGGGCACCCCUCGUCGCCCUCCUCGUCCCGUCCUCUCUUCCACCCUGGAGGGGAGGGGGUCAAUGGAGUGGAGCAUGAGCGGGUGCCACUAUCCUUCGCCACCGCCACAGGAGCAGGACCGCAGGUACCAGCACAAGGUGUCCCUGGUGGUGCGCUACUUCAUGAUCCCCUGCAACAUCUGUCUGAUCCUGCUGGCCAUGUCUACACUGGGCUUCGCGGUGCUCCUGUUCCUCAACAACUACAAACCUCCUCACUUCACACCGGCCCAGCCUCCUGACGGCUGCAGAGGGAUGUUGUGUGGCUUCGGCGCUGUAUGUGAGCGUGACCAGACUGACCCGGCCAAGGCUGAGUGUGUUUGCAAGAGAGUGGAUUGUCCAUCUUUGGUGGCGCCUGUUUGCGGCUCAGAUUCGUCCACCUACUCCAACGAGUGCGAGCUGGAGAAGGCCCAGUGCAACACGCAGAGACGCAUCAAGGUUCUGCGCAAGGGGCCCUGCUCUCUGAAGGACCCCUGCACCGAGGUGGCCUGCAGCUACGGCAGCACCUGCAUCCAGUCUUCAGAUGGCUUGUCAGCCAAAUGCAUGUGCCCCCUCGGCUGUGAGGGCAAGCGCGAGCAGACGGUGUGCGGCAGCGACGGAAAGGACUACCGCAACGAGUGUGAGCUCUAUCAGCACGCCUGCAAGAACCAGAGGAACAUACGAGUGCAAUACCAAGGGCACUGCGACCCGUGUAAGGACAAUGAGAACAGUCUGAACACCAUGUGCCGGGUGGAGGCUCUCACCCGCCAGCCCCUCAUCUUCGGCCUGCCGGAGUCGUGCCUCCCGAGUAAUGAGCCUCUGUGUGCCAGCGACGGCCAAACCUACUCCAGCGAGUGCGCCAUGGGAGCAACGGGCAUGCAGAAAGGCAUCAAGCUUAAGAAGAUCCACGCAGGACGAUGCAGAUGGCUGAAGGACUGUCAGGAGGCGUGUCUCUUCAACGCUGUGUGCCUCGUGGAGCAGCUGAUCGCCCGCUGCUCCUGCGACCCCAUCGAGUGCGACGGCACCUACAAGCCCGUGUGCGGCAAGGAUGGCCGCACCUACACCAACGACUGUGCUCGACGCAAGGCCGAGUGUCUGAGCAAGACUCUCAUCUCCGUCAAGCACCCCGGGCCCUGUGAUCUCAGCAUACCGAGCCCCUGCCUGGAAAAAGUGUGCGAUCACGGAGCGGUGUGCGUGGUCCAGAACAACGAGCCGGUGUGUGAGUGCCCCGAGGCCUGCCCGCAGACGUCUGACCCUGUGUGCGGAUCCGAUGGCCACAGCUACGGUAGCCCCUGCGAGAUGCGGGCAAUGGGUUGCGCCCUGCAGAAGACCAUUCACAUCCAACACAAAGGACCCUGUGAUGAGUCUUGUGCCAACUGCUCUUUCGGGGCAAUCUGCGAUGCCCAAAGCGGGCAGUGUGUGUGUGCGUCGGAGUGUGUGGAGUCCCACCAGCCUGUGUGUGGCAGCGAUGGCAGCACCUACAACAGCGAGUGUGAGCUUCACGUGCGUGCCUGCAAACAACAGAUGGACCUCCGAGUAGUCAGCCAGGGCGAGUGCAAAACAUGCGGCAGCACUGUGUGUGCCUGGGGUGCCCAGUGUGUCCAGAAUGUGUGCGAGUGCCCGCAGUGCUCAGGCGAGGCUUUCUCCCCGGUGUGUGGCAGCGAUGGCAGCACCUACAACAACGAGUGUGAACUCCGCACGUCCUCCUGCAUGCAGAAGACGAGGAUUGAUGUGGCGAAGCCCGGCAGCUGCGAUGAAGAUUGCGGCUCAGGAGGGUCCGGCUCAGGCGUGGAGAGCUGUGAACAGGAUCGCUGUCGCAUGUUUGGAGGCUCGUGGGACGAGGAUGCAGAGGACGACCGUUGUGUCUGCGACUUCACCUGCCAAAGUGUGCCUCACAACGCGGUGUGUGGCUCAGAUGGAAAAAACUACAGCAACGAGUGCCAGCUGAAGAAAGCCAGAUGUGAAAAGCAAGAGCACUUGUUGAUUCAGAAUCAGGGAGCGUGUGCAGCGAUUUCAGCCACAUCCCUGCCUGAGGUGACGGCGCCCCAGCACUGCAGUGUGUCUGUGUACGGCUGCUGCCACGACAACGUGACGGCUGCCUUAGGAGUCGGACUGGCCGGAUGUCCCAGUACCUGUCAGUGUAAUGUCUACGGCUCCUACAAGGGGACGUGUGAUCCAGCCACCGGCCAGUGCUCCUGUAAGCCAGGUGUUGGCGGACAGAAGUGUGACCGCUGUGAGCCGGGCUUCUGGAACUUCCGUGGCAUCGUGACGGAGAACAUGAGCGGCUGCACGCCGUGCAACUGCGACGCCACGGGCUCGGUCCGGGACGACUGCGAGCAGAUGUCGGGCCUGUGUUCCUGCAAGACGGGAGUGAAGGGCAUGAAGUGCAACGUGUGUCCAGAUGGAAGCAAGAUGGGCAUGAACGGCUGCGACAAAGGUCCCGAAGCCCCGACCUCGUGUGAGGAGUUACUGUGCAUGUUUGGAGCUACUUGCAUUGAGGUGAACGAUCAAGCCCACUGCGAGUGCCCUUCACCUGACUGCGAUGAGAAAAAUAAAACCAAGGUGUGUGGCUCAGACGGGGUGACCUAUGCCGACCAGUGCCAGCUGAGGACCAUAGCCUGUAGGCAGGACCAGGACGUCACAGUGCAACACUUUGGACAGUGCACAGAAACCAUCUCUGAGCCGGCAGACCGACCCCCCCCCAACCCCCCCGCCACCACCCCAAGCUCAACCGCUGCCGCCACCAUCACCACCCCCGCAUCCUUCCACCCUAACAUGGUGUGGGCCAUCCCACUUCCAAGGACGGAAGAGACAGAGACCACUGAGCCGCCCCCGGCCACCACCCCCUAUUCCACCCUCAUCCACAACCGAGCAAACCACAACCACCCCAUCCACAUGCAGCCGUCGCAGUCCACCACCACCUCCUCCUCUCGCAGCAGCCCUGCUCCCUCCGCCGCCGCGUCCUCCUUCGAUGACUCGGGCAGCGGGCAGCCAAGCGGAGACGACCAGAUGGAAGAAGAAGAAGAGCCGGAAGAGGAAGCGGGUAGCGGCGUCCCAACGGAGGCCAGUGGGGCAGAGGAGCCUGUCGGUCCCACAUUGGCGAGCACCACAGUACCCACAGCUGAGGACAGGUCGUCCUGUGACAACUCGGAUUUCGGCUGCUGCCCCGACGGCAAGACACCGUCCAGCACUCCAGAGGGCGCCAACUGCCCCUCCACCAUGAAGUUCAGCGGUUUCCUGCACUUGGACCAGGUGGAGGGCCAGGAGAUUUUCUACACGCCUGAGAUGGAGGACCCCAAGUCGGAGCUGUUCGGAGAGACGGCCCGCAGCAUAGAGAGCGCUCUCAAUGAGUUGUUCAGGAAGUCGGAGGUGCACAAAGACUUUAUGAGCGUUCGUGUCCGGAACUUGGCGCCCAGCAACUCCAUCUUGGCCUUUGUGGAGGCCCACUUCAAACCAGAUACAAGAUUCACGGUGGAGGACAUCGAAGGAGCCCUACUGAAACAGCUGAAGGCCUCCAAAGAGACCGGUAUCGCCGUGAAGAAGCCGGAGGACGAGAAUAUUCGCUUCACCAAUUAUGGCCUCUCCUCCGUCCCCUUCUUCACCACCACAACCACCACCACGGCGUCAGUCACCACUGCUGCUCCCACCACCACCACUGCCACCACCACCACCAGGCCUCCGCCAACCUCCCCUUACAUCACCCGUCGCCCGCCAGGCACUACCCGCAGGCCUUCCAAUGGCAGGCGUACAACAACAACAACCUCGGCGCCAGUCACAACGCCCCGACCCACCACCACCACGGCAGCUGCCACCACGACCGCGCCGCCUCCGGCCUUCACCGUAGCCCAUGUUAGGGACAGGCUUCACCACAAGUCCCAGAAGCCCUGCAGCUCCCACCCCUGCCUCCACGGGGGCACCUGCGAGGACGACGGCAACGACUUCAGCUGCAAGUGCCCCGCCGGGCGCGGAGGAUCCGUGUGCGAGAAGGUGAUCAGGUACUUCAUACCGUCAUUUGGGGGCCAAUCGUACUUGGCUUUCCAAACCAUGAGUGCCUACCACACAGUCCGCAUUGCCAUGGAGUUCCGAGCAGCUGAGAUGAACGGCAUCCUGCUCUACAACGGCCAGGAAGGCAAGAAGGACUUCAUCUCUCUGGCUCUGGUUAACGGCAAAGUGGAGCUCAGGUUCAACACUGGUUCGGGCACGGGCACAGUGGUCAGCAAAAUAUUAAUCAACCAGGGCCGCUGGCAUCAGCUGGUGGUGACUCGCAACAGGCGCAACGCCAUGCUCAGCGUGGACAACGAGCCGCACAUGGAGGGCGAGAGUCCACGCGGCACUGACGGACUCAACCUCGACACCGACCUGUUCAUCGGGGGAGUGCCCGAGGAAAUAAAGCAGGAUGUGAGGGAAAGGACCGCAGUGGCCACAGGUCUGGUUGGCUGCAUCCGCUUGCUGGAUGUCAACAACCGGGUGCUCAACCUGCAGGAGAACGGGGGUGACAGUCUGUACGGCAGCGGUGUGGGUGAAUGUGGCAACAACCCCUGCCAGCCAAAUCCUUGCAAGAACGGCGCUGCAUGCCAGGUCAAGGAGGCAGAGAUGUUCCACUGCAAGUGCAGCAAAGGAUUCUGGGGCCCAACUUGUGCUGACGUCCAUGAUCCAUGCGAGCCCGACAGGUGCCAUCCAUCCUCCCAGUGCCAGGCGCUGCCCGAGGGAGGCUACAAAUGCGAGUGUCCCAUGGGACGUGAAGGGAGGCACUGCGAGAAAGUGGCUGAGAAGAGAGGGGCUUACAUGCCUCUAUUCAAUGGAGACUCUUACCUGGAGCUGAAGGGGCUCCAUCUCUACAGGCAUGAUCUGCGUCAAAAGGUCAGCCUGACGGUGAUACUCAUGGCCAACGACUCCAACGGUUUGAUCUUCUACAACGGCCAAAAAUCGGACGGAAAAGGAGACUUCAUCUCUCUCUCCCUCAAUGAGGGCGUCCUGGAGUUCCGCUACGACCUGGGGAAGGGACCCGCCACCAUCAGGAGUAAAGAACCAAUACAGCUGAACGUGUGGAACACCAUCAACCUGGAGCGCUCCAACCGCAAAGGAGAGAUCGAGGUGAACAAGAAGGACUCCGUCCGAGGAGAGGCACCGAAAUCACGCAAGAACCUGCACGUAGAUCUUAACCUGAAAGAGUCUCUUUUUGUUGGCGGAGCUCCCGAUUACAGCCGACUAGCGAGAGUCGCUGCACUCACGGAGGGCUUCAAGGGAACAAUCCAAAAGAUCAUUCUGAUGGGCACCCCCAUCCUCACCGAGGAGAACGCCCUGCGCUCCAGUAACAUAGCCAUGUUCCAGCACCACCCGUGUUCCCAGGAGCCCUGCCAAAACGGCGGCCGCUGCAACCCCAUGCUGGACGCCUACGAGUGCAUUUGCCUGAGUGGUUUCUCAGGGGGACGCUGUCAGAACACCAUCUACGAGAAGUCUGCCGGAGAGACCGAGGCCAUUGCCUUUGACGGACGGACGUUCAUCGAGUACCACAACGCUGUUACGAAGAGUCCCGAGUCUCUGGAGAACCCAUCUGACCAGAGCGAGAAGGCUCUGCUGGUGAACAAAUUUGAGCUGAGCAUCCGGACGGAGUCGACCCAGGGCCUGGUGCUGUGGAGCGGGAAGGGCGUGGAGCGCUCUGACUACAUCGCCCUGGCCAUCGUGGACGGACACGUCCAGAUGACAUACGACUUGGGCUCCAAGCCUGUGGUGCUACGCUCCUCGGUGCGCGUCGACACCAACCGCUGGAUACGCAUCAAGGCCAGCAGAGCACUCAGAGACGGCUCUCUACAGGUCGGCAAUGAGGCAGCGGUAACAGGAUCAUCGCCUUUGGCAGCAACACAGCUGGACACAGACGGAGCGCUGUGGCUGGGUGGCCUGGAGGAGCUGGCGGUGGCCCGUCGGUUGCCCAAAGCCUACAGCACUGGCUUUGUCGGCUGCAUCAAGGACGUAGUGGUGGACGGCGUGGAGCUCCACCUCGUGGAAGACGCCUUAAACAGCCCCAAAAUAUUACACUGUUCCGCCGCCAAAUAACCCAGCAGAGACAAAAUAAUGAGAAAAACGGAGAAAAAAAAGAAACCCUCCCACUCGCUCCCUCCAUAGCGCCCAUGUCUCCUGCUGUAAUUAUUUUCUAUUUUUGUAUACUUUUCAUCGCUUUUUAUAUGGAAAGAAAAUAAAUAUGUUGUUUUAAUUUUUGUUUUAUAUAUUUUUUCUUUUUCUUUUUUUAUCUGCACCUCCAUAAACAGAACACACUUUGUUUUUCUUUACUGCCCUGGCCCCUUCAUUUUGUUUUUUUGUUUUUUAAAAGCAGGUGUCUCUGUGAGAAAGAGAUCUUUUAUUCUUGUCAGUUUUGUUGUUUUAAAACAAACGCCAACAAAAAAAAAAGAAAAGAAAAAAGCCUGCUCCCUCUCCUCGCUCAUUACUUGAACACUGGUGGACCUCGCCGAUGAUCUCUGGUUACUGCCUUGUCUUGGUGCCAUAUCUAUCGUCCACAUUCCCCAAGCAUGGCCUAUACUGUACAUCCACGAUAGACAUACAUUCCCCCCGUGAGAGCUGGACGCAGUGUACGCUGUGGCUCUUUGAUGCUGCAGCCAGCUGGCAACUCCAGACAAGAAACUCUGUAAUCAGCCCCGGUAGCCCACUGUAUUUUCCUAAUGGGACUUUUCAGAUAUCAGUCAAGCUGCUACAGUGAGAAAGUACACAGUCGAAACCACUCCAUCAACCCCCAUCUCACAGCGCCCCAAAAAAUAAAAAUGAAAGAAAAAACUCUCCACUCAAUCUGAAUCCCAUCAGAGCCUUUAGUUUUGAAAUAUGACUCACUAACACUGCAAGCCGACAUGACGGAGAGAGCGCUGCGUUCCACAAUGACUCGCAUAUCAUUAGUCAUAUAUCAAGACGUGAAUAAAUGUUAUAAAUAUAGAGUAUAUAAAUAAUACCUGAGACUGUGAAUAUGUAAGAUGGGUUCUCUUGGGAGAAUUGUGCUUCUCAUGUACUAUUGUGCGUUCUGUUUUACAAUCCACAGAUGAACUAAUGAUGACCACUAUAAAUGCAUGCAUUCUGCAGUGUGGGUUUGAAUCUGGUUUUUGUUUUGUUUUAUUUACGUUUGGUUUAAAGAAAAAAAAGAAAACUUUUCUAAUUUGGAAAAUAUCACUGUUUGGGGGUUUGUUUGUUUGCAAUGACUAUAAAAAGGUUCCUUUCUUUCUCUUAUUUCCACUGAGCUCGGAAUAAUGUUUUAUAUUUGUUCAUUCCCUGCAUCUCUUUGGGUUUUAUUUUUUUAUUUUACUUGGGAGCAGUUAGUUUUGCAGGACCUUGAACGGUGCAUAAGGGGAAGAGUUGUUACCAUAUCUGACCUUAAGGAGGUGCUGAAUGCAAAGACUGAAAGGAGGCGAGCAGAGAUCUUAUCAUGGGGAGAGCUACCACUCUUGGGAAUGUCCCGUCAAACAGUCGUCACCACGAACAAAAAAAGCUUCAAAAACUCUGCCUGAGACUUCAUUUCUUUUCGUAUUUGAUCUAGAUGCAUUCCUGGAGGAGUCUUUUUUUUCAGCUGAGACUGUGAUGUAGUUGUGACCUUUUGAAGCCAUAACAUCCGCAAAAAUGGGAGAAGAUACAUAAUCCUACAGUACUUGCAAAUUAACAUAGUGACGCAUGGGUUUGUAUUACUAGUGCGAAUUCUGUAACAUUCAGUGAACUGAUGCAACGUGGUGGACUCGUCUAUGCUCAACCACAAUACGCUGCGAUGACUGACUUAAGGACACAUGUUUUGAUAUGAGAACUUUGGCAAUACUCUGAGACAAAAUCAUGCCUGUUUGUGGUUGAGUAUCAAAUGGUCUUGUGCUAUUUUUGUUUUCUUUCCUAAGUUCUUAAUUAUGUUUUUCUUCUUAAAUCAUCAAAGGACUUGUUUUUGUACAGCCCUGCAAUUUUUAAGUGUGAAUUUAGCAAAUGUGUUAUCUGUGGAGGUUUAUGUUUUUAGUAAUAUACACUGGAACCAUGUCUGACUUGUCUGUCCGCCCACACGAUGAUAUGCUUAUGUACAUGGGGGAGGGAUAGCCCUGGAGCUAUUACUGUGUUGUUGAGUGUCCACACCGGACCAGGAAACCCUCUGCUGGUGUCAAGACUCGUUUAAAUUCCAGCACUCACUCUAUUAACCUUGGACUGGUCUUAUUUUACCACACUGUUCUUUGAAUUUGAUCCAUUCAGGUGGCAACAUUAAUAAAGGAGAGAUCCCUGUGUAUUUGGAUGGACUCGAGAACAAUAAAGACAAUUGCAGUCUAUGGUUUGGGUGGAAACUAUUUGCCUUAAAAACCGGUCACCUCGACUCUGAGCAGGUGACAAAGACGUCAUCCAUAUAACUGUUUCCUUAUUUUAGCCAGUGUAUUAGCCUCAUCCCCAUAAUGUAAAGGAGUAAUACAUAAUAAUAAUAAUGAUGAUAAUUAUAUUAGUAAUAAUGCUCAUACACAAAAAAAGAAAUUCCCAGGGGGCCUCUGCAAAUGUCCCCUCUGGCUUUUUACAAAAAAUCUUCUAUUUGCUGUUUUUUGAAUCUAUUUUCUGUUCCUUAUUUAUGUCUACAUGUGGAUGACCCUCCAUGUCUGGCCUCUGUAAACUACUGUCUGACUGCGCAAACCUCCUCAAAGGGCAGUGCACCGAGUAAGAGUGGCAUGACCUGAACAUUACUAACUUUAUGACCUUUGUCUUGUGUUCCUACCACCAUGAAAUAAAAUGUCAACCAAAUGGAG